GUUGAUGCCUUGCGGUUACGAUUGGAAGAAAAAGAAACCUUUCUGAAUAAAAAAACAAAACAACUUCAAGACCUCACAGAAGAGAAAGGAACCCUGGCUGGAGAGAUUCGAGAUAUGAAAGACAUGUUGGAAGUAAAAGAAAGAAAAAUUAAUGUCCUUCAAAAAAAGAUUGAAAAUCUACAGGAGCAACUUAGGGACAAAGACAAACAACUGACUAAUCUAAAAGACAGAGUGAAGUCAUUACAGACGGAUUCUAGUAACACAGACACAGCGCUAGCGACCUUAGAAGAAGCUCUAUCAGAAAAGGAAAGAAUAAUAGAGCGCUUGAAGGAACAAAGGGAACGAGAUGACAGAGAAAGACUUGAAGAAAUCGAAUCUUAUAAAAAAGAAAACAAAGACCUGAAGGAGAAAGUUAAUGCUUUACAAGCUGAACUGACAGAAAAAGAGUCUAGUUUAAUCGAUCUCAAAGAACAUGCAUCUUCAUUGGCAUCAGCAGGGCUGAAAAGAGACUCCAAACUUAAGUCUUUAGAAAUAGCCAUAGAACAAAAGAAAGAAGAGUGUAGUAAGUUGGAAGCACAGUUGAAAAAGCAAGCUGAACAGUUGUUCAAUCAGAUGUACAAUCCAGCUCAUGAGGCUGAAGAGGAGGCACGGAUGAAUCCAGAAUUUGCAGACAGAAUGAAACAGCUUGACAAAGAGGCGUCGUACUAUAGAGAAGAAUGUGGCAAGGCUCAGGCUGAGGUUGACAGACUUCUAGAAAUACUCAAGGAAGUAGAGAAUGAAAAGAAUGACAAAGAUAAGAAAAUUGCUGAGUUAGAAAGCUUGACUUCCAGACAUAUGAAGGACCAAAACAAGAAGGUUGCCAAUCUGAAGCACAAUCAGCAAAUGGAGAAAAAGAAGAAUGCACAGUUGUUGGAAGAAGUCCGUAGGCGAGAGGACAAUAUGACUGACAAUGCUCAACAUUUACAAGUAGAAGAGCUGAUGAAUGCACUGGAAAAGACUAGACAAGAAUUAGAUUCUACCAAAGCCCGUCUUGCCUCAACACAGCAGUCUUUGGCUGAAAAAGAAGCACAUCUGGCUAACCUGAGAAUAGAGCGGAGAAAACAGCUUGAAGAAAUUCUAGAAAUGAAACAGGAAGCUUUGCUUGCUGCAAUUAGUGAAAAAGAUGCAAACAUUGCCUUGCUUGAACUGUCUGCUUCAAAGAAAAAGAAGACUCAAGAGGAAGUAAUGGCUCUUAAACGAGAGAAGGACAGAUUAGUACAUCAGUUAAAACAGCAGACACAAAACAGAAUGAAACUGAUGGCAGAUAACUACGAGGAUGAUCAUCACCACUACCACCACCAUCACCACCACCACCACCAUCGGUCUCCUGGGAGGCCACAACACUCCAACCACAGACCCUCUCCAGAUCAGGAUGACGAGGAGGGUAUAUGGGCAUAGCCAUUCCUAUAAACCAAAGUUCCAGUUUUGUUUUGAGGGAUGAUCCAGUCACUGUUGGAGGCACAUAGCCACGGCAAAAUCUCAUGCUGUACAUUGAUCACCUGUCCAACCUUUGCCUAGAGUGUGAUCCCCAGUUCCUUCAAGAGAUCCAUCUUUACCUGUCUAUAAAGAAGAGGAGGAGGAGGGAGACAUCUGGGAUAUUCAAGUAUCAAAGUUUAACACCAGAGCAGG